AGCGGCUAUGGGUGGGGGUGGGUGGAUUUUUGCAUUGGUCUGCUGCGGUGUUUUUGUGUCGCUGUCAGUGCGUUUAGCGGCUGGGCUUCGGUCAUUAGACGGGUCUGCGAGGGGAGAGGUGCAAUUCUACAGGUGAGGGUGUGUUGGAGGCCCCAGAUCAAACAUGACCCAGGUUCUCCAAAUGGACUCCAGCUUCCCAGGGUUUGUGUAUCUACAUGAAUCCGAGCUACAGGCUUUAACAUGGUUACUCCAUCAAACUCCUGCUUUUAACAUGAUGUACCCCUCCUUCCCCAUUCAGGGAAGGCCCCCGCCCAGCCUCCCCCCCCCCCUGCAUGGUAAGGAGCAGGAGCCUUACUCGGUGGAGACGCCCUACGGCUACCGGCUAGACCUGGAUUUCCUCAAGUACGUCAACGACAUCGAGAAGGGCAACACGCUCAAGCGGCUGCCUGUUCAGCGGCGGCCCCGUUUUGGCUCACUGCCACGGGGCUAUGGCUACACGGGCUCCUGGUGGACCUCCACCGAGUCGCUCUGCUCCAACGCAAGCGCCGACAGCCGCCACUCCUCCUUCUCCUACUGUGCCCCUGGCUACCACGCCCCCCCCAGAACGUCGGCGGCUGGCACGGCCUUCAACUUCAGCGCGGCGCGCGUGGAGAAGACCCUGCUGGAUGCUCGCCGUCGCCUGGAGGAGGAGCGGGAGGGCCAGCGGCUGGCAGGCUUGGGGAGCAUGCACGGCAGCGUGGCGGGCUCCACCACCUCCCUGGCCAGCACCCGCAGCUUCAGCCGCGGCACCGCCAGCGGAACCUACACCCCACUGGGCUCGGGGCUGUCCACGCCCAUCUCACCGAGCCCCGCCCACCUACAGCACGUGCGCGAGCAGAUGGCGGCAGCGCUGCGCAAGAUCCGCGAGCUGGAGGAGCAGGUGAAGACCAUCCCCGUGCUGCAGGUGAAGAUCUCUGUGCUGCAGGAGGAGAAGCGGCAACUCAGCGUGCAGCUCAAAAGCCACAAGUUCCUGGGUCACAGCUUGGGCUUCAGCAAGGGCCGGCCACGGGGCGAGCUCUACAUUGACAUCCCUGAGGAGGAGGCGGUGACCUCGGCGGCAUCGGGCGCCCUCUCGCCCACCACACCCGAUGGCUUGCGUCAGGACUCCGGCUGCGAGAUCGAGGACACGGUGCUAGUGGGCGGCGGGCGGCCCGGGAGCCACAGGGAGGUGCGCUCGGUGGGCGUGGGCCCCGAGGGUGAGCGGGGGGCCCGGCACGUGGGCGUGGGGGUCCGAGAGGAGGACCUGGGGCUGCCUUUGGGAGCCGAGGCCCUGAAGGGGCAGGUGGAGCAGCUGGAGGGGCAGCUGCGGCGGGCCCUGCUGGAGCUGCAGGCGGCACAGCAGCAGGCAGAAGCUCGCCGGGGGCAGCCGGAGGGCCCAGUACAGCCCCCCCGUCCAGAGCAUCCCGUCAGGGCCACCAGCCUGGGCUGGCAGGGAGGCGGGCCAGUGAUGGCCGUCGCAGGCCAGGAACUACAGACAGUGGUCAGUUUCUCCCAGCAGCCCUUGCAGCGGGAGCAGAGGACGGUGGGAAUCCAGGUGUACACCCUGGAGAAGCCCACGGUGGUGGGAGUGGGCACACUGUUGCGGGCACAGGGGUGCGACUCCCACUCUCCAGCUGGAAGAAUAGAGACCUCCUCCGCAGUGCGACCCAACCCGGCACUGGAGGGGCAGCACAGACACGGAGAGAUUGAAGAACCUUCCCCAGAGCUCCCCAUAGCCGUCAGCUCCAGGCAGGUGCGAGAGGUCCUUCAGAAGAGCGAGGUGUCUAGCUCCGUGCCCGUGCCCAGCCCUGCCGUUGCCAUGGAGACGACCUGCAACCCGCCACUAUCUCAGAGGUUGCGGGAAGGGGAGGGGACAUCACAGCACCAGCAGACGGGCGCAGAAGCUGCACAGGCGCAGGGAGACACGUUGACACCAGCCUCCCCCCAGUCCAGCCUGAGGUCCAUCAUGAAGCGUAAGGCAGAGGGGGAGCCCGGUUCUCCAUCCACCAAGAAGAACCUCCAGUUUAUCGGAGUCAAUGGAGGGUAUGAGUCUACCUCCUCAGAGGAGAGCAGCAGCGAGAGCUCAGAGGACGAGAGCGACGCCAGCGAGUAUCACGAAGCCAUCGAAAGACUCCCCGAUACGAAGGCUGAACCUUCAGAAGAAGGAGUAUCGGGGAAGGAGAACCUUCCUGACCACGUGCCUGAAACGGAGACGCCCGCUGAGGCGGACGGGACCAGCCAAUCGCCAGCCUGCGAGGCUGCUGAGGCACACAGCAGCACCCAGUCACCGGCCUUAACUCCCACUGCGGUGGACAGUACCGACCAAUCACCAGCUACAGUCUCCACUGCUUUGCACGUCACAGAGCCCUCCCCCCAGCAGAGUGCCAGCCAAACACCGCCCGUGACUUCCGACCCUCAGGAGAGCAGCAGCCAAACACCAGGCAACGCCAAUGGACCUCAGCAGGCGACAAGCCAAUCAGAAAUGCAGGUGAUACACAUCCCUCAGCAGAGCAGCCAGGCAGCGGGUGACACCAUCGCAAACCCGUCGGUCACGCAGGAAAACAGGCUGGAGUUGAGUGACAGUUUGAUGACAGCCCUCCUGUCCGUGCAGAGAGCCCUGGGCGAACCGAACGGCUUCAGCCAGCAGGAGGCGAGAGCCGCCUACACCGCGGUGCUGCAGGAGUGGCUGCGCGUCUCCUGCCAUAAGACGGCCAGUGCCGUCAUGGUCAGGGCCUACAUGGAGGCCUUCACCGCCAUCUCGCCGCAGCUGCUGGAGUUUGUCAUCAACAUGGCCGACGGCAACGGCAACACGGCCCUGCACUACACCGUGUCCCACUCCAACUUCCCUGUGGUCAAACUGCUGCUCGACACUGGUCUGUGUAAUGCCGACAAGCAGAACAAGGCUGGCUACACAGCCAUCAUGCUGACCGCCCUGGCCGCAUUCCACUCCGACAGCGACCUUCAGACCGUCCUGCAGCUGCUGCGCACUGGCGACGUCAACGCCAAGGCCAGCCAGGCGGGGCAGACGGCCCUGAUGCUCGCUGUCAGUCAUGGCCGGGGCGACAUGGUGAGGGCGCUGCUGUCCUGUGGCGCGCAGGUGAACAUCCGCGAUGAAGACGGCUCUACCGCACUCAUGUGCGCCUGCGAGCAUGGCCACGUCGACAUCGUCCGCCAGCUGCUGGCUGUGCCGGGCUGUGACGCCACAAUCGCUGACAAUGACGGCAGCACUGCCCUGUCCAUCGCCCUGGAGGCCAGUCAGAAUGACAUUGCUGUGCUGCUGUAUGCUCAUCUCAACUUUGCCAAGCCACCAUCACCUGUUUCACCGAAGGCGUCUCAUUUUGGAUCUUCUCCAGAAACAAAGUAACUGUAAUGCAGAGAGCGGCCAGCCUUCCCGCAGACCUUCAGCCAUAAACACACAACUGUAGUUUCCACCUGCGUGUGUGCGUGCGUGUGGGCUUGUGGAAGCGUGCACAUGUAAGCAUACCAUACCCAUGUAUCUCGCACAUACUGAUCCGUGCACGAGUGCAUGCACAUGGAGAUUUUUUUGCACGCGUGCUGAUGUAUGCAUGUGUCUGUGAGUGUGUACACACCUCAACACAGUGUCACAGCACGGUUAGGUGGGAUGGCGUACGCUACACGAGGAGGCAGUGCGGCCGGUGUUGACGAACCCCAAAGUUUCUUAGGUAUUAGGACGUGUUUCAUGUAGCCACCUUAGAACGCUAUCGUCUGUAAUGCAGCCUGAGUGACCACAUACCUUUAACGCAGAUUUGCAGUAUCUGUCAGUCUGUCAGCGUUCCCACACACAGUCCUCUCCAGCAGCAGCAAGCUCAGUCGCGGCCUUUGUUUUCAGAGGGCCAGGCCUCUGUGUGUCCGCAGGAAAUGAUGCGAGCGGUUUGCCAAACCGUGAGGCCCUGAUUGUUUCCAGGCCAUGCUUUGGAAGUCUUAUUCCGAUCACAUUUCCCCAGUUGAAUUAUAGUUUCAGUUUUCACAAUCGAUACAUGUCCCCUUCCUUAAAUAGUGUCUGAAAGCAGGACUGGCCAGCCAUCCAUGUGCUUCUGAGAUUCGUAAAGCAUCACACUUGCUUGAUAGGGGCUGUUGCCUGGCCAAUCACCAAAUGGAAAGGCACCUUGGUAACCCCAGGAGGUGACUCUUACGUGCGCUGCCUGCAGGACUGAUCAAGGUGCGCCAAGAACGCUUUCCUUCUCUCAACCUUUCUGAGGACCUCUGUCUCAGAGGGAGGCCCCAGGUGUCACUCUGAGACAAUGAGGACUGUUACCAACAUAAUUAGCUCUGUAAUUAACCCUGUAAGUCACCUUGUACACAGAUAGCAUCUCACUCUGACGGGGCAGUGGAGGUUAAUCUUUUCAGUUCCUGAGACAUCUUCUAAACAUAUAACACUUUUUUUUGUAUUGUAACUGUCCCAUUUUCCCAUACAAAACUACACUUACCAGAACAUGGCAUUAGGCCACAGUAUUCAGCCCAGUGCAUGCUGGGUAAUGCUCAUGGCCUCCCGCUGUUGUGUCCGACACUGCGAACACACCCAGGCACCCUCUGUGAUCUCAGGAAGCAGGCUAUCUUUGUGAUCCCGCGCAAUUGCUGAAGCCGGUGAAGGCCGCAAAGUUGCGAUUAAGCUGAAAGGCAUGACAAUAUGUGGCGUGACCUAACGCUCUUCAAAACACUGCUGUGUAAGUGUUUUGGAUAUAUAUCGUGGGAACUGUGGAGGGGAAUACUGAUGAUCCGCUUAAAUUUUGUCUGGAGCAUCUGGUGGAAAAGGAGAACUCGGAGAUGUGGGAUGAUUCAGGGGAGGGCUAUAAUUUGCGAGGCUGGGUUGGCCUGUGUUAGGUAUAACAGAAGGUUUCAGCGUGGGGCUACAGUUUGUUAGUGGAAUGUGGCAAACUGAAGUUGAUGACAGAGUAAAAUCUGGAGUGGCUUAUGAUGUGGGUAGCGGAGCUGGGGUCACGCUUGAUAUGCUGCUGUGACUUGUGUUUAUAUUGGCCUCCCACCCAUAACAUGAGAGCAUACCAGCAACCGGCAUCAUGGAAUGGCCAGUGUUCACCAGCAACCAAUAAUGUAGCAGAAUGUAGUAGCAAUGACCAAAUGAAGCUUCAUUUACCAUUUUCUGUAUUUUUGACCCCACUAGAUAGUGCUCUUGGUGCGAAUUGAGGCGCGAAUUGAUUCUUUUCUUGAAUAGAGAGCACCAUCUACUGGUGUUAGAAAAUACAGCAACUGGUUCAUGAAGCUUCGUCUGGCCCUCAAUACUAUACAGUGGCCAAAAUUAACCAGCAACCAAUAGCACAGCAGUAUAUAGUGGCCAGUGUUCGGUAGCAACCAAUAGUGCAGCAGCAAUCAUUGGUGACCAGAAUUUUACACCCCCAAAAAAAAUGUUCAAGUGACACCCAUUUAGCCGCCUUUAAAUCUACUGGUUUCCCUCCGGCACUGUAUUUCAGGGAAAAAUGCAGUGGAUGUUUCCAAGUGUCUGGACCCAUGUGCCUGCAUGGCCCUAAUAUCUAAAGCUUUUUCUGCCUUCAGCAAUGAUGGGAUCCGCUGGUUAGCCUGUGUUCUUAAACGGACGCAAGAAACAUAACAAACCAUUCACUUUUUAUAACACUCUGCAUUUGUUCAUAUAGCAUACAUGAUAUUCAGGUAGAUUUUUUUAAAUGAAAUUAUAGUUAAUGUUGUGGCUUUUCUACAUAAUAUAACUUUCUUACAAAAAAAUCAGUUCUCAUGGGGAGGAAGGGGGGCACUUUAAAUGUAGUUGUGAGAACUUGUAUUCACUUGUUCACCGUAAACUGCUGCCACACAGCAUUAAGUACAAAUUUAGAGUCAAUCCCAGUACGUCAGCAACAGCACAGAGUCUUUGCGAUUGAUCGCAACAUUUACAUUUCAUGAAACACGGUGCUUAUGUGAUGUAUCACACUCGUUUCCAAAACAAGAAUUAUGGCGCACACGCCGUGUGCUUGUGAUUACUUACGAACUCCUGCUAAUUAAUGCGAAGCUGUCGACAUUCCCCCUGUAUGAUCUACGUUAUUCUCUACCUGAAUGAAUCAAAGUCGUACGCCGUCCCGUACAACUACCAGCAAGACUAAAGCAAAAAUCGGGCCAUUGACCCAGAAGAAGCGUAUUAUAUUAGCUUAUUACCGAAGUAUAUUAAGCAUAAUUUUCCUGAAGUUACAAGUUAAUGAUUUUUUAAAUGAACAAUAUUAAAUGUUCAUGCGAAGCGUACAAAGCAAUACGGAGUAUUACCUGUUUUGAAAAACAAAUUGAUAAUGAAUGGGAAAAAAUCCCGCCUUGUACGUUUCCCACGCGCCUUUCCUAUCACUGAAUUUAAGAGAUUAAUUGCGUUUUAUAAUCUUUUGUAUUUGUUUUAUUUAACUUUAUAUAUCUAUAUUUGUAACAUGUGUACACAACCACAUAUAUCAAGCAUUCUGUAAAGAUGCUCAUUUUAUAAAUUGUAUGUGUUUACUGGUGUCUUUUAAAAAGAAAUAAACUUUGCCCUUAAUUUCA